ACACCACUAGGACGCAGUGCGAGUGACGCGCGGUCUCUAGCACCCCGCGCUCUUAGCCACCCUCGGCACUGGCAAGGGUAGCUUCGGCAGUGAUGACAGAUGAGGACUCUGACACCCCUGUCGCCGAGGCGCAAGCCCAGGAGGAGAAUGAGAUGCCUAUUAUGCAACUGUGCGGGCUGGUGGAAGAGCUCAGCUAUGGAAACUCGGCUCUCAAAACUGAGGUAGAGAUGUUUGAGAAAUAUUACAAUAAACUGGAGCCCAGGGACCUGCGACCUCCACGAUUAUCAGAAGUUAUAUUAUCAGGAGCAGAAAUAGCACAGUUACGAGGCAGAGGUCGAUCCAAAUCCCGCUUAGGUAUGGAACGUGUGACAGGCCUCAGUGUGGACCAAAAACUUGAGCUUGUGCAAAAGGAGCUGGAAGACACAAAAGAUGAAAUCAGACACAUGAGGGCAAACGCCGAACGGGACCUGCAGCAUCACGAGGCUAUCAUCGAGGAAGCUGAAAUUCGAUGGGCUGAAGUUCAGAAGGCAGUGCAUGAUUUUGAGAAAGACAUUCUAAAGACCAUAUCCAAGAAGAAAGGGAGUAUUUUAGCCACUCAGAAAGUGAUGAAGUACAUUGAGGACAUGAACCGCCGGAGGGAUAGUAUGAAAGAUAAAUUACGUUUGAAAAAUGUUUCUCUCAAAGUUCAGAAGAAAAAGAUGCUUUCACAAUUGAGACAGAAGGAGGAGGUGGGCGAGGCCCUCCACGAUGUUGAUUUUCAGCAGCUGAAGAUUGAGAAUGCUCUGUUUUUAGAGAUGAUUGAAGCAAGGAAUCAAGAACUGAUCCAACUGAAGCUGGCAUCCGGAAACACCCUGCAGAUCCUGAAUGCAUACAAAAGCAAGCUACACCGAGCAAUGGAAAUGUCCAUCAAUCUGGACAAGGAGUUCUUGCUGAGAAAUGAGUUACUCAAAAAAAUUGAAAAAGAAACCCAACAAGUGGAGGAGAAGCUGCCGAACUGGUUUGCAAAGUGGCUGCACCAUUUUACAUUCCAAUUGUGUGAGGGUUCCAGUUUCUGUACAUCUUCACCAGCACUUGUUAUUUUUAGAUUUUUUUAAAUGCUGUCCUAGUGGGUAUGAAGUGGUAUUAUUGUGGCUUUACUUUGAAUUUCCUUAAUGAUUAAUGACAUUGAACAUCUUUUCAUAUGCUUAUUGGCCACUUAUCUGUCUUUUUGGGGAGAAAUAUCUAUUCAAAGCCUUUGUCCAAUUUUUAGUUGAGUUAUUUAUCCUUUUCAAGGGGGAGGUAAUUAGUUUGUUUAUUUAUUUAUUUUUUAACAGAGACACUGGGGAUUGAACUCGUGUGCUCUCUACCACUUGAGCUAUACCCCCCCUUAUUUGUCUUUUUAUCAUUGAGUUUUAAGAAUUUUUUAUAUAUUCUGGAUUCAGAUCCCUUAUCAGGUAUAUGACUUGCAAAUAUUUUCUCUCGUUCUUUGGGUUUUCUUUUCACUCUCUUGAUGGUAUUUUUGCAGCACAAAAGUUUUCAUUUUGAUGGAGUCCAGUUUAUCUGUUUUUUCUUUUGCGCUUGUGCUGUUGGUUUUAUAGCUAAGAAACCACUACCUAACUCAAUAUCAUGAAGAUUUACUCCUAUGUCUUCUUUUAAGAGUUUUAUAGGUUUUAAAUUUAUGAUUCAUUGUGAGUUAACUUUGUAAAUGGUGUUAAAUGGUGUGAGGAAAGGGAUCCAAAAACUGAAAGAAGAAAGAAGAUGCAGUAUGUUCAUAACAUUUGUUAAAUUAAGCUUCCUAUUUACUAUUUGUGUGGUUCUCCCCAUUUCUUUUGUGAAUUUGAGUUACCAUCUAGUGUUAUUUUCUUACUCAAAUAUAGCUUCAUUUCAGCUUGCCUCCUUUGUGCUGUUAUUGUCAAAUAUGUUACAUUUUUAUAUGUUAUAGGUCCAAUAUAAAAUAAUAUACAUAUUGUUUUAUGAAAUUGCUUUUUAAGUCAGUUAAGGGAAGGAAAAUAUGCAUUUAUACUGUCUUUUAUAACUACCUACAUAAGCACCUUCACUUGUGCUAUUUGUUUUAUCAGAUUCAAGUUACUGUCUGCUGUCACGUGUUUUCAGCCAGAAGAAUUUCUUGUAAGACAGGUCUGCUAGCAAUAAAUUCUCUUAGUUUUUGUUUAUCUGAGAAUGUCUUUAUUUUUCCUUCAUUUUUAAAAAAUAAACUUUAAAUUUUAGAACUGUUUUAGAUUUACAGGAAAAUUGCGAAGCUAGUACAGACAGCUC